AUGGCCGAACAGGGGGAUAUCCAACGGCAAUCCUCCUGCCCCCCUCGGAGGCACAUUCGGUCCAGGAGCCGGGGAUGGGCCGCUGCGCUCUGGAGCCUCACUAUCACCACCGCGGUGCUGCUGCUCGUGUCCAUCGUCAUCACAGCUUUCGUCACCACGACGCUUCUCAACCCCAGCAUCGGUCGACGCCAGAGAGCUCCAGCACCUAGCGAGCUUCCGAACCUUACGUCGCAAUCUCGCAGGGGUAUUUUGAAAGCUGGCGGUCGACACACGAAACCAUGCGACUCAAUCGCUUGUAUCGAACGAGCCAAGCUACUGCUUCGCCAGAUCAACAAGUCUAGAGAUCCCUGCGACGACUUCUACGCUUACGUCUGCAACGACUGGAAGCUGACGAGACCGCUGUCUCCUGGAGCAGAUCGGGUCUCCAUGGACACUGUGCUUGUGGAUGCGUAUGCCGAUCUGGUGGCUUCCCAGUUACAAGACACGGGAAGCCAGUUUCCUGAACUCGAUUUUCUGAUGGACCGCUGUUUGCACCCUGAGCCGGAACUCUUUGACGACCUGCUGGCCAUGUUUCUUGACGCGACGGAUAUGCGCCCAUGGAUGACCGGGUUGGCGAAGAUGAGGCUGUCACCAACCGAGUUAUCGCGCACGCUUGGUCUUGCAUUUCGCCAGCUGGCCAUCGACUCCAUCUUUAGAUUUUCAGUCUCUAAUGACAUCUUGAACAAGACCAAGCGGUUCAUAGCGCUGGGAGAGCCGUCCACUGUACUACUCCAUGGUCCACUCGAAGAAGGCGAGUAUGAGUUGGUUCACUUGGGAUUCAGCCCUGUCCUCAAUAUUUUGCGCAAGUUCGUAGAGACGGACGUGCUGCGAUUCGAAGACCGUCUCUCGCGUCUAUUUGCUCGACCACAGUUAGAUUCCGCGGCGAUGGCCGACUGCAUCAUCAUCAAGGUGCGGGACUUGCCGACCGUGCAAGGCAUCGAAUGGACCGAUCUUCUCCAGAGUGUAUUCGGGAAGGGGCUUCGCCCCAUCACAAGCAGAACCUACAUCAAACUAACUUCACCUAAUUACGUAGUGCGGCUCGCGCGGGGCGACGUGCUCAUCUCCAGCAGAGAUUUCAUGGGUUACCUGCUAUUUCGGAUGAUCAUGGUGCUCUCACCGCUCAUGAAAGACGACAAGGUCCGGAACGUCCUAGCGUCCAUCAGUUACGCUCGGCAUCCGGAGUUCGCGCAGCCUCUACCGCAGGCACAUUACUGCAUCCACUUGAUGAACCGGUUCGAGCUGAACUUGCCACUAUACAGCUCGUACAGAAUAACCAGUGAUUUACUGGGCGGCGACGCGGCCGUUCAGGACCUUAUAUUCACUCUACGUCGUGUCUUCCUCGAGCACUUUCAUGAAGAGCUAGGUCGACCCGGCGAAGACCUAAAGGCGGUGAUUCAAGAUAAACUCGUCGUGUUGUACUGGGAGUCGCUCAUACCGCGAGUUUUAACGAACGCCAGCCAACGAACCUUUUACACCGACGGCAUCUAUACGGGCAACUCGAGGUCGUCCACCGCGCACUUCUUCUACACAUGGAUUCGCAAAUCACUCGAGAAGCGACUUCUGGCACGCAUGGACUCGAAAGUGGUACAUCCUGGAUGGACCGGUGGCUUCCUGUCCGCGGAGCCGAGACUCGAACCACCUUACGAGAGCAUCGAAAUACCGCCACCAGUCUUCGAUUUCUUUCUCGACAAAGAUCCCGCACUACGGCCCAUUCAGGCUGCUAGGGUCGCGCCCAAGAUCUACAGGAGCCUCUUCAGGACCAUCUACCACUGGAUUUACAACUUCGAGUUUGAAAACGGAACGCGCGUAGCGCGCCACUUGGAAGACCUCAGACUCUGCCUGGAGCGCCAGUACUCUGCCUUGCUCUGGCUGGACAAGCAGGUCCAACUGAAUGCCUCUCGUACCUCCUGGGCCGACCUGUGGGACUUUAUGGCCUUGAGACCCUCGCUGGAAGCCUUUCUCUUGCUGGCAAGUCGCGUGUCAUCCAAUUAUCGGCUGCGCCUACUUGAGCACUGGACCACCAGUCAACUGUUCUUCGUGUUCUAUGCGGCAAACUUCUGCGAAAACAGCGACCGGAGGUUUCUGCGCAGGUUGGUGGCGCAUGGACCUUACAGCCCGGCUUGGUUCCGCGUGAAUGGGCCUCUUCGGAACUUUCCAGAGUUUCAGAGGGCAUUUGGGUGCAGGCGCGGCUUCUUCAUGAACCCAUCCAAUCAGUGCGCCUUGCGUGCGCAACGAUAA